GACGGAAAGCUGUCGUUCCCUGGGUAAUGUUACAGCCCGAUCCUGUUCAUCACCAAGUGGGUCAAUGUCACCGACAUGUAGCGUACUGGACCUACCUGUUAUUAGCGGAGGUGGCGCCAUCCCGCCGCUGCUGUCACUGCGACUAAUAGAUCAAUCAAUGCUGAUGGUCGCCUGACUUGGAGCUGCCUGUCACCGAUGAUACGACGGUACAGGACAUGAUGUCCCCCCCUUCUCCCAAUGGUGACACCGCAGGAUUGGGAUGUCUUUCAGCCCUGUCAGCAGCAAGGACAGCGGCCGCAGCACGAGCGAUGAAAGGACAUUCCGUGAUGACCUUGUCAAGCGAGAUGACGGGUUCUGUUUGUGCAAAGGGGCGCAGAGAGCAGAGGCCGCCUCAUCAUUAUCAUUCCUUCGCGUCAGGUACCACGACAGUAUAUGCCUUCCUCACGUGGUCCGGUGUCGAUGCGUGUGAUAUGGUCUUAUUCACCUUGUCUCGUUACGGUACAUGCGUGUUCUCAUACAAGCGAUCAUUACAGUAUCUGUUAGGAAAUCCUUCAUCUCUCGUCUCUGCUUCCGUCGCACGGCAUGGGAGUAAUUCUGCGUCGCUACAGUAUAUGUAUCCCAUGCCUCAUAUCAAUCGGAACUUCUAUCCUCGCGUGUCACGGUCAAAGGAUUCCGGACAGGCUUUCGCAUCAGGUAGAUCCUCCGCAUUGGAAGCCAUCUCCUUUCUCGUCGCGAGCUCCGUCUCAUCGCUUGGGGAUUCCGGGCUUCAGCCUUAUCGAACCCUAAUGAGCACAAGCACGAAGCCACACAGGACGGUACCUGAUGGCUCGCGGCCAUGUUCUCGACCGCAUUUGAGAACCUCACGCCGCUUGCGCCAUCGAAGCGUGUGCUCCCUACAGAUGACAGACUUCCUUUCGCCCAUUUCCUCUCCGCGACAAACGUGCUGUAGGACUGAACUCAUGCGCCACCUCUCCAACUUCUCCAUGCGCCACCACUCCCACCAACGCAGGCCAGAAGCAGCCGCAAUCCAAGCAGCCUCUCUCAUGCGGUCGGGCAGCGGAACACAUGCAGGUCCUUCCCCGAGUCCAUCCUCGUACCUGCGACGAGGCUCGUAGUAGCAUUCUCGACCUGAUCAAAGCGGCCGAGCUCAUUUCAUACCGCAGUAGACAGAGGAGGAUAGACGGACAGCAUGAUGCACAGCAGAUGUCGGUCGGAUUCGCUGCUAGACUUCAUCCUCACCCCCACGACGAAGUUCUCAAGUUUGGUCCUCGUCAGGUACAGUGGUAGUAUGCAAGGCAUCGCGACAUGAACGAGUUCCAAAUUUCUCUCGACCAGUCCCGAACACCAGAGUAACGACGACGCCGGCGAGUUUCGAG